AUGGCAAAAACCACUUUGUGCCUAUUGGAUAUAAGGGCUGCCUGGGCGAAGAAGCUAAAUGCGAGUCAAGCAUUCGACGACACAUGGAACACAGCAUCCGAUUUAGAAAAUGAACUGGAACAACAGAAGAGAGCGAAAGGUCAGACUUCGGGAGGCGGAGGAGGAGGAGGCAGUGGAACCGGCCAGUGGUCGGCCUGGUCGGACUGGUCGACCUGCUCGCGCACCUGCGAUGGAGGCAUCAUGCAACAGAUGCGUAGGUGCGGAAACCCGGGCAGUUGCCGUGGCGAGAGCGCCCGAUAUCGCAUCUGCAACAUGCAGCCGUGUCCGGAGCAGCAGGACUUCCGCUCCAGCCAAUGUGCCGCCUACAACGAUGUCCCCUACGACGGCACCCUGUACAAGUGGACACCGCACUACGAUUACGUCGAGCCCUGUGCGCUCACAUGCCGGGGACAUCCGGCGCAUCUCGUCGAAGACAUUUCCCGCGAGGCGGGGGGCGGGAAUGCCGAGGAGGCGGAGCACUACGACGAGCAGAGCGUCAUUGUGCAACUGUCGGCGAGGGUCCAAGAUGGAACCCGCUGUCGUUCCGGCAGCCUGGAUAUGUGCAUCCAAGGAAAAUGUCAGCGCGUUGGCUGCGAUCUGAAAAUCGGCUCCACAAAGAAAAUCGACGGAUGCGGAGUGUGCGGCGGCGAUGGCAACUCGUGCUCCCAACCGCUCUAUUACUGGGAGAUGGCACCGAUGUCGCAGUGCUCUGCCACCUGCGGCAGUGGUUACAAAAUGUCCCGUCCAAUAUGCAGGAAUCGCCUAACCAACGCCGAUGUCGAUGAUACGCUCUGCAGCCUUACUAAUCGCCCGGAGGCGUCGGUGGAGCAAUGUAAUACACACAGCUGUCCGCCGCGCUGGAUAACCGACGACUGGAGCACCUGCAGCCGGCUCUGUGGCCACGGCUACCGUGAGCGGAUGGUAGUCUGUGCAGAGGAGUCAAACGCCAUCAAGACGAGGGUUGCCGAUAUCAUGUGCCGCACACCCAAGCCGCCUACCCAGGAGACCUGCAUUAUCGAGGAGUGUCCGCAUUGGGAGGUGGAGGACUGGACCGGUUGCUCGGUUUCCUGCGGCCAGGGAAUCCAGAUGCGGGGCGUCGAGUGCAAGUCGACAGACGGCAGCCUGAGCGCCAAGUGUGAUCCGCUCACAAAGCCCGGCAGCAUGCAGCAGUGCUCCACCGGCAUCCACUGCGGCGGAGGAGGUGGAUCGGCGAACAAAGGCGGUGGCACCAUCAUCGUGGGCAGCAGCCGAUCGCUAAACGAGCGUUCGGAGCGUCAGAUGGACACCUCGGAUGUGGAUGACGACGACGACGAUGAGGACGUCGAUGAUGAGGCCGAGGACAUUGAUGACCUGGAAUCGGGCCAGGAUACCGAUGACGGCGAGGGCUCCUCCUACGCCGAUCAGCCACUGCGCUACUCCCAUCGCACGCAAAGUCGACUGAACCAGGAAGCCCCAGACGAACCCCGGACCAUGCGACUCAUGAGUGGAAGCUCGAACCACAAUUACAAUCGGGGAGGCGGCGGAACAGAUGGAUCUGCAUUGGAUCCCACCUACAUCAAGGACACAGACUGGUCACCAUGUAGCGUUACCUGCGGCGAGGGAAUACGCCGGCGGUCGUACAACUGCAAGAUCUUCCUGGAAUACACCAGGACAGUGGCCACCGUGAAUGAUUCGCUGUGUGAGGGCAAGAAACCGCACGACGAGGUCGAGCGAUGUGUGGAGGAUCAAUGCAUUCUGACCUCUAACCCCUUCGACGACCAGUACCCCAGGGACUCCAUUAAAGUGGGUGUUUCGGAGCCGGGAAAGACUUACGUCUGGCGUGAACAGGGCUACACUUCCUGCAGUGCCUCCUGUCUCGGAGGUGUCGAGGAGCUGUUGAUAAACUGCGUGCGGGAGGACAAUGGUAGGGUGGUGUCACCCUUCCUAUGUACCCCGGACAGCAAGCCGGAGGCGAGGGUGCGUACUUGCAACGACCGACCCUGCCCUCCCAGAUGGAACUACUCGGACUACACGCCCUGCUCUAAGAGCUGCGGCAUUGGCAUCAAGACCCGCGAGGUGCAGUGUAUCCACGAGGUUACCCGCGGUGGUGACAACACUAUGGUGGUCCCGAACAGUAUGUGCCCGCAGCCACCGCCAGCAGAUCGACAGUACUGCAACGUUCUCGACUGCCCCGUUCGCUGGGAGGUAGGUGAGUGGGCCAAGUGCUCCCACACCUGCGGGUAUGGUUUCAAGGAUCGCAAGGUGGAGUGCAAGCAGAUUAUGGCCCAGGAGCACAAGAUCGAGCGACCAGAGUCGAUGUGCCCGAGUGCCAAGCCGGCGGAUAAAAAGCCCUGCAACGUGAAACCCUGUCCGCCGGAAGAUCCCAAGCCGGUCAUCCAGGUCAGCAACUCAACGCACAUCCAGCACGACCCCAAGAAGACCAAGAUAACGCUGAAAGUGGGAGGGGCCGGUGUGGUGUUCUUCGGCACCCAAGUGAAAAUCAAGUGCCCCGUGAAGCGGUAUAACCGCACCAAGAUCAAGUGGAGCAAGGACCACAAGCCGCUUCAGCGCUCGCGGAAGUUCAAAGUGUCGAAAAAGGGUGCUCUUCGCAUUCUCGAUAUCACGUUCCGCGAUGCCGGAGUCUACUCUUGCCACGCCGGACUGAGCUCCGCAGAAAUAAGCAUCGAGGUGAAGGCUAAGCCGGGUCAGCACGCAGAGGAGCUUGAGCGUCAGGAGGCAGAUCGGCUGGUGCGUGAGCGAAGCGGCACGGAGGCUCUCACCUCGGCGGACAUGACGUCGGUGGGUGCGACAGGCAUUUCCGGUGGAGGUGGAACUGAUGGCCCCGCUAAUGGGUCGACGCAGCAGCAGGGCACACGUCGCAGGCAGCAGCAGUCGGAGCGGUUGCAGAAUGGCAGGGAACGGAAUCGGAGACCCAAGUCGGACGGCAUUCAGCAUGCGGAUAGCAGCAUUAUGGAGGACGAUCACUCGCAAUUAGUGCACUCCGAGGACAGGGUUCCACAGCCGGCGAGCGCCAGCAGCGGGAGUAGUCGCACCAGGACUCUGCUGGCCAUGCCCUAUUUCCAGGCCCUGCUCAGCAAUCUCCAGUUGCUAUGGCCGCUGCAGCGCUUCAAGGACUCGCGUGGCCAGCACUUAUUACAAGGCGAGGCGCUUAAAUACGGCGUCGAUUUAGAAGGCACCCACUUCGAACAGGACGAGCCCAUGCGUGCGCUGGCCAAGGAGCGGCACACAGAGGCAGGACCCACUCGUACCGAUUUGCCCUCGAACCAGGACCCGGAGACGGAAUCGAAGGGGCAACCCAAAGCCGAUGCAGAAGCGGAGGACUUCCCGCCACACAUGCCGCACGCUCGAUGGGAAACAGCAGCGGCAACCACGACAACGGCUGUGCCGAGCCUCGAGAGCGGCGGCUUCGUCUACAAAUGGAUGCUGGGCGAGUGGUCCAAGUGCUCGCAGGAAUGUGGAGCAGCUGGCAGCGGUUUGCAGCGACGCACGGUGAGCUGCCAGAGAGUGGCAAAGGACAGGAGCUCCGGCAGCAGUGACGACGACACCGAAAACGAUGUCGUGGAUAAUUCAGAGUGCUCCGCCCACGGCCUGGAGCUGCCCGACUUGUUCCAGAGCUGCGGCAACGAGGCCUGUCCGCAGUGGAGCAAGGCCGAGUGGUCGCCCUGCCAUCGGUCUCGCUGCCACGGAAGGAAUACGGCCGUGCAGCGCCGCGAGGUGACUUGCCGCUAUGAGAACGGCACCGAGGGAAGCGCCUGCGACGAAUACGAGCGGCCGGCCAUGCGGCAGGAAUGCUACAAUGAGCGGUGCAAGGGUGUGUGGCGCGUGGAGUCCUGGUCCGAGUGCAAUGCGCCGUGCGGACGUCAGGGCAUCAAGUACCGCAUCCUACAGUGCGUCUGGUACGGCAGUCGCCGUCCGGCGGGCAACGUGUGCAAGCACCAGCCACGCCCCGCGGUUAUGAAGGUCUGCAAAAGUCCGCCUUGCCAGGCCAAGUUGUCGUCCUCGGGGCCCCUGCACUGUCGCGAUUCCUCUCGCUACUGCCGGAAUGCCCGCGCCAUGGGCCUGUGUCGACUGCACCGCUACAAGGAGAAGUGCUGCGGAUCCUGCCAGCAGCCCCAGCAGCAACCCAACCAAUAUCUAUUCCACUAACUCCGCUGCGGCCUACCAAAUGAGCGAGAAAUUACGAAUUCUGCAAGCAAUUACUCUAAGUACCGUAAAUCUAACGAACUAUAGCAAGAUAUAAAGUAAAACUUAUCCAUAUGUAUGUAUUGCCAGCCGCACCAACAUUAACAUGAAUUCCUUUUAGCAUUGAGUCGAGGCAAGCACUAGUUAGAUAUAUUUGUUCGAUUUGACACGAAUGUAUGAUUUAUAAAACAUUAACGUAGCUACAAUGCGAAAAAUGAAGAAUGUGGCAUGACAUUUGAAUCUGGAGUAGGCCUAAAUGUUGAUAGGUCUGUCCUAGGCAGGUUUUUCAUGGCCAAGCAAUCAACAGGCAAGAAGUCAGUGAUGUUUGGCCACUGAUUUUGAGGUGCGAAGAGAUCAAUGGCAACAGCUUUGCUUUAAGCAACUAAAACCUCUAAACAUUAUGAAUUAUGAAUCUGAAACACUCAGCUGAUGACUUUUCCUACGCCUCAAUUCACUCAAGAGUAUGCAUGCCGUACAAUCUUGGGUCAAAAAUAAAUACAUAAGAAGUUGGCGAAGAAAGAAGGAAAUUAGGGUUUAGGCUAAAUUAACCUAGCAAAUAAUGAUCGAGGAUUCCAUUUGUUACUGACUCGAAUGGCCCACAAAAAGUAGUUGAAAUAUUUUAGUAAAUAUCUCCGAAUAGCAUUAAACCUAAAUUAAUCAGCUGAAAUCACAAGGCCCAACACGCAUGAUAACAAAUUACAAAUCCGCACUGUUACCCAAUGUGAAGAAAGCAGAAUAUUAAUAUGUACAUAUAGCAGAAUCGAGAUGCACCUUUGACUUUCCAUCGCCAGUUCAUAGCACUGAGUUUACUUUCCUUUUGCAUUUAUCAAUUUACCAAGUUACCACUAAGGAUAUUGUAAAUAAAUCGAACUCUUCACGAAAUCAACAUUUCAUUUGAUGGCCAACCAUGUAAUUUAAUGAAGGAAGAACUAUGUGGGAUUAAUAUGUACGCCUAUUUGUAAUUAGUUUUUUAUGGACAAAUUGUUUUAUAAACAUUAACAUAAACUUAAAGGAUAAAUAAACACUGCAGCGUGUUAGCUGCUGACUAUAGUUUAAAUAUUUGCAUUGACAAAGAAAAACGAAGCGAGGCAGAGAGGCCCGCCAGUGUUAAAAGCGUAAAUAAAUAUGUAAGCUGUUAAGUGAAAGUUAUUAACAUAAAUUAACAUAAAAGUAAAUGCAACCGUAACCAAUGUUAAACACACCGACGCUAACAGACAUGUUAACACCUUAACGCAGCCCCUCAUCCAUACAUACGCUCCAAGUCCCUUAAUACAGCAAGGAUAUGAACAGCUGCGAAGCAUUGUAAGACAUAAAAACAAAUGUGGAAUAAAUAUUAAAUACUGA